CAAAGGCAGACGCCAAACCGCUGCGCCACCCAGGGAUCCCGAGCAAAUAUAUUUUUAUUCCAAACUCCAUAUCAUGAAGAUGGAAAUGCUUUUCUUAAAUGCAUUUCCAGAGAUGAGAGACAGUCUGCCCACUCAGAAGCAUCAUACCACCCAUCAGGAAGAGAGCCCAAAUUGAGGAUUCCAGAGGUUCCAAAUAAGCAACAAUAUGGAAAAGAAGCCAGUGCUGCAGAGGUGAUUUGGAUCCAGGAAGAAAUGGAAGAUAGCUAUAAUAAAAAACUCCUCUCUAAAGAGACCAUCAAUAGAACAUUCAUCAGAAGAAUGACAGUUGGAGCACAGGAGGAGACAACAGAAGCCUGGGCCCAGGGGCCCAGGUUAGAGGAAAGAAAAGAGACUUUUCUUCUAGCCAAGAUGAAAGACAUGCAAGCCAGCCAGGAAGCUUCGGUGGCCCUACAGAGCGAACUCCAUGAGCAGGAAGAUAAAGUGGAGAAUCAAGCACAAAGAGAAGACCCACAUAGUCUCCUAAUGAGAGAGCGAUCUUUAGUACAUUUUCUUCUGACAACAGAUUCAGAUACAACACUGCCAUUCUCACGGUCAUUAUCCUAUGAAAUGCCUCUCAGUUACAAUCUGUCUAGCCCUCAGUUUAGUAGAAUAACUGUUUCCACAGCUGGACAGAAGAUUCCUAGAACUACAUUGGUGGGCCAUUCCAGAUCAGAAAACAGCUUGGGAGUCAACAGCUUCAUAAUGACAAAGAAACAGACUCUGCCAGUCUUUGCUCCUGAGACACCUGUAACUGGGGAAGGAGAAGAUUAUUUCCUAUCUUUGUUUGGUGAUUCAAAGAAACUUUUUACACAUUCAUUCCAUGCUGAGAAAGCCUGGAAGCACUUUUCUAUGAUUCUUGAAGAAGUGGGACAGUCUAGAUCCAGUGCUCUUGGAGACAUUAAAAUAGCUGAAGUAAAUGUCAAAGGUUUAUUUGUGAAGCUCAUUAACUCUUCUCUUGACAAAGAACUGGAGAUUGGAGGUCAUAUUCUCCAGCAAAAUGUGAAUGGACAAACAAUCUCUUUGUAUCGCUUCCUUCCGAAUAUCGUAAUGCAAGCCAAUUGCACAGUAACAGUGUGGGCAGCUGCAUCUGAAGCAAAGCAUCAGCCACCAUCAGAUUUUCUUUGGAGAGAACAAAACAAGUUUAAGACAGGCCCAAAUUGUACAACGAUUCUGUGCAAACCUAAUGGUGAAGCUGUUGCCUGGUAUACUCCUAUUCACUGGAAGCAAGCGUGGGAGAAAUUAGAGACUGACAUUGAAUUUGACAGAUGCUCGAUAGUAAGUCCGUCUCAAAGACACAGGUUUCCAUGGCCAGUAUCUAUAACUACAACUGAAGAAAAACAAGAUAAAUCUGAUAAAAAUAUCUCAGGAUAUCAGAUGAAACAAGUUAGAGUUUUUCUUAAAAGAGAAAAAGAAAAUCCACCACUCCCUUUUCCCAAUAGCAGCCCAUGGUGCCACAGUCCCAAUGUCCCUUCACAUCCCUACUGUCCUCUGAUUGAACCUUGCAAUAACUGCACGGCUGAAAGCAGCUUAGAUAGACAGCCUAGGCCUCAGUCAUCCAGGCCUGAUCCAGCCCAGGGACCAAGAAAAAUAAGACAUUAGAGCUACAAAAACAAAAAGGCAGUCAACUCAACUUUUAAAGGACAAUAUUAUACAAAUCUAGAGACUACAAGGAUGCCCAGCAUGUCACAGCCAGCCUUCCACAAAGGAGAAGCCAGCAGCAAGCAAGAAAAUAGUUUCUUCUCAAAAAAGAUAAUUCCUCAGGACUUUACAGUAACCAUUCCUUAAAGAAGGAAAUAGAUUUUUGUGGUCAAGUUAAACCAUUUGUUUUCUAUGCUGUUAAGAAGAGAAACAUUGAUCAAAAGUAAAACCAUCCCAGUCUUCACUUUCUGCACAUGAUGUUUCCCCAUCGCUCAUUUCAGUCUUUUAUAACCUGCUCAGCUGUUAGGCCUACUAUUCUCCUGCUUCUGCAGGUGCAUUUUCCAAAAGCAAUAUUUCAGGAAUUCUGAAACUAUGGUCUGUCUGAUUCUUUACACUUAGAAUCUGUCUGUGUGUUAAAGCAUGGGUUAAUUUAGCUUCCUAAUGCUUGGAAGUAGUAGAUGAACUUUCCAUGGAGUAACUAGUUGGGAGUUUUUAAACCUGCCUGCGUACACUUACCUCAAAUCCAUCCAAAAUAGUAUCUUCUAGCUGUGGUACUAAGUACAAAAUCCCAUGGAUGGGAAAUGCCAAGAAUGUUUCAAUUAAAUAAUAUGAUGGAGCUACUUUUUUUUCAAGUAUUCUUACUCCUUAUUCUUUAACAAUCUUAUUCUAAAAGAAUUUGAAAAGUAAUGAAGUUUGCUCAUGUGUAAUGUUGACCCUCUGUGUAGUCAGAAGGUAUGAUUACUUCAGUUUCUGGGAACACAUCUACUCUAUACCAUGUAAAACUGCUUAGCUUAAUUUAACUUACAUUGAUUUAUGGUAUUUAUAUAGCAUAUGAAGAAAGAUAUGGCAUACACAGUCCUGGAAUGUGAGGAGAAGUGAGAAAAGCAAGGAUUUCCCCCAAUAUCUGUUUAAAAAAAUAAAGAAAAGCAAAAUAACCAAAAAAAUCCAUCCGAUGGUGACACUGAAUUUUGUUUUAUUACAUUCAAACACCAAAACUUUAUUUUUAAAAAGUCAUAUACCAAGGGACUCAAACAUGUUAAUAGCAUUAUUCACAAUAGUCGAAAUAUAGAAACAAUGCAAGUGUCCAUCAACAGAUGAAUGUUUUUUUAAUGUGGUACAUACAUAUAAUUAUUCAUUCAUUAAAAUAUGAAAUUGCAAUAUAUGCUACAGCAUGGGUAAACCUUAAAAAUGUUAAUGCUAAGUGAAAUAAACUGAACAUAAAAGGACAAAUAUUCUAUGAUUCCAUUUAUUUAAGGUAACUAGUAUAG